AUAUAUAUAUAUAUAUAUAUACAAGAAAUUUAAAAGAAGCAGCCCAUAAGGAAUAUCCUCUUUGAUCCCUUCACUUUAUUUUUAUAUUACUCACUUAUUUGUUUCCUUUCCUUUAUUUUGAUUAUCCCACAACAAAACAAACACCACCAUCUUGUGUUUUUCUGAGUUUCCAACUUUGAUAUGCAAGUAGCAGAACUCCAACAAAACCUGGUUCAACACCAACACAAAGAGAACAAGAUCAUGUGCAAGAAGAUCCAGCUAAGUGUCUCUGACACUGAACUCCAUAAUCACCAUCAUAAUUCAUGUGGUUGUGAUGUUGAUGGGUGCCACAAGGUUGAGGGUGAGGAUCUAUUCGUUCCACCCCUCAAUUUUGCAAUGGUUGAUAAUGGCAUUUUCAGGUCUGGUUUCCCUGAACCUGCUAACUUCUCCUUCCUUCAGACCCUUGCUCUCCGCUCUAUCAUAUAUCUAUGUCCUGAGCCAUAUCCAGAGGCUAACAUGGAGUUCCUCAAGUCAAAUGGGAUCAAGCUUUAUCAAUUUGGAAUUGAGGGUCAUAAGGAGCCUUUUGUAAACAUCCCAGAAGACACAAUCCGUGAAGCAUUAAAAGUUGUCCUUGAUGUCAGGAACCAUCCACUUAUAAUUCAUUGUAAGCGGGGGAAGCACCGAACAGGGUGUUUAGUAGGAUGCUAUAGGAAGUUGCAGAAAUGGUGUUUGUCUUCUGUGUUUGAUGAAUACCAACGCUUUGCAGCUGCAAAAGCAAGAGUUUCAGAUCAGAGGAAAAGGUGAUGAACUCCUUCAAUUCAUCAAUGCAUUAUUGCGGCGGCAGACUCCAUUAUCAUUCCCAUCAUUUUCAAGAAUAAGAUUUAUUAUUAAGGAAAAAAAAAAAAAAUAUAUUAGAAUAUGUAGUGGUUAUUAAUAGAUCAGCAUUGUUAUUGCUUGUAUCUUUAUAUAAUUAUUAUUGUUAUAUAUAGUUCUUGUAGUACAUACUCUACUUCAUUGGUUAGGCACUUUCUGUAUGUGCCUAUCAUCCUUUAUUAUUAUUUUUUUCUAUGCUGCUACCCCAUUCAUCUGAAAUGAGUGUAGAUACUUCUUGAUUUUUUUCUCGAGGCUCGGAGAAUUAUUCAAGAAAGCUAGAAAAAUUAAAAAAAAAAAGUUUGCUCCAUAUAUACAUUGUUAUGUGUUGUUUCUUUCCUUCA